UCGCUUGAUUACAUUCAGCCAUGACAGCUACAGUGAAAAAGUCGGUCAGAUCUUCGCGGGUUAAAAGUUUUGAGCGGAAGUUCGGGUUAAUCAUUGUCUCUUGAAGAACGUUUUAUUUGUCGUCGUCGAAGCGGGUUUGGUUUCUUUCCCCGCCGCCGUUCAACACACCGUGAACGUCCCAGCCGAGCGCGAGGAGCCGAAGAUGGACCCGAGCGGCGGAACCCGCGGCGGGAAGACUUUCCUCUUCACGUCCGAGUCCGUGAGGGAGGGACACUCCGAGUGUGUGGCAAAGACCGGCAUGAUCCUCCUGGUUGGAGAGGUGACCUCCAGAGCUGUCGUGGACCUCCAGGCUGUGGUUCGAAACACCAUCAAGAAGAUCGGCUAUGACAGCUCCAGCAAAGGGUUUGACUACAAGACCUGCAACGUGCUCUUGGCUCUGGAGCCUCAGGCCCAGGAGAUCUCAGACUGCGUGUUUGAAGGCAGGACGCAGGAGGACAUCGGGGCUGGAGACCAGGGCUUGAUGUUCGGCUAUGCCACAGACGAGACAGAGGAGUGCAUGCCUUUAACCCUUCUGCUGGCUCACAAACUCAACCACAAGAUGAAGGAACUGUCGUAUAACGGAGACUGUCCUUGGAUACUGCCAGACGGCAAAUCACAGGUCACUGUGGAGUACCGAGACAAUGCGGGGGCCAUGGAGCCCCUGCGUGUCCACACGGUGGUCAUCUCAGUCCAGCACAGCCCCGACAUCAGCCUGGAGGAUAUCAGACGCAACCUGAUGGAGAGAGUCGUGAAGGCCGUCAUUCCCGCCAAGUAUCUGGAUGAUCAGACCAUCUACCAUUUGCUGCCCAGUGGGAAGUUCCUCCUCGGAGGCCCGCAGGGCGAUGCGGGGCUGACGGGGAGGAAAAUCAUCGUGGACACAUAUGGUGGAUGGGGCGGGCAUGGAGGCGGGGCUUUCUCUGGGAAAGACUACUCCAAAGUGGACCGUUCGGGAGCUUACGCAGCCCGCUGGGUCGCCAAGUCUCUGGUCAAGGCAGGACUGUGCAGGAGGGCCCUAGUUCAGAUCUCCUACUCUAUAGCGGUGAGCCACCCCCUGUCCAUCUCCGUCUUCCACUACGGCACGUCCUCCAGGGACGAAGACGAGCUGCUGCAGAUCGUGAAGAACAACUUUGACCUUCGGCCUGGAGUCAUCGUGAAAGAGCUGGGACUGAAGCAGCCCAUCUACCAGGCCACCGCCUGCUACGGCCACUUCGGGAGGGAGGAGUUCCCCUGGGAAAAACCCAAACCUCUGGUGUUCUGAUCGACCUUCCUGUGACGUGACAAUUAAUCAUGGAUCAAUCACGAGUUUAUUAAAUAAAAUCACAAAUUUUAUAAAAAUACAAUUUUAAUAAAACUAACAGAGCUGCACUUUUAGCUGUUCAAAAAUGUGAACUCAGAAUCAGUGAUUCACACCGUAAAUUAAAGUUUUGUAAUAUUAGUUUGAUUAUAAAAAAAUAUACAUGAAAAAAGAAUGUAAAAUCUGUCCGGUGAAAAUUAAAGAUUUUAAUAUCAACAAAAUA